AUGCUUUGUUUUCUCAUUUCAGGUCAUGGCACCAAAGGAGUAUUUGAACUUCUUUCAGGAUGGCGUCGAACAAGAGAGAAUCUUCCAUUCAAGGACAGAGUAGCAGAUGCCUACUCAGAUGUCAUGGUGUCCUAUACAAUGACAAGCUCCUUAUAUUUCAUAGCCUUUGGCAUGGGCGCAAGCCCUUUCACUAACAUUGAAGCUGUGAAAGUCUUUUGCCAGAACAUGUGUGUCUCCAUCCUGUUGAACUACUUCUAUAUCUUCUCAUUCUUUGGCUCCUGCCUGGUCUUUGCUGGCCAGCUGGAGCAGAACCGUUAUCACAGUAUCUUCUGCUGUAAAAUCCCUUCAGCAGAAUACCUGGACCGAAAGCCUGUGUGGUUCCAGACCAUGAUGAAUGAUGGUCAUCAACAUUCUUCUCAUCAUGAGACCAACCCAUACCAGCAUCACUUUAUCCAGCACUUCCUCCGAGAGCAUUACAAUGAGUGGAUUACCAACAUCUACGUCAAGCCUUUUGUGGUGAUACUGUAUCUCAUCUAUGCCUCUUUCUCCUUUAUGGGGUGCUUACAGAUUAAUGAUGGAGCCAACAUUAUUAACCUUCUUGCCAGCGAGUCUCCAAGCGUCUCCUAUGCCCUCAUUCAGCAAAAGUACUUCAGCAACUACAGCCCGGUGAUAGGAUUCUAUAUCUAUGAACCUCUGGAGUACUGGAAUGGCACUGUGCAGGAAGACCUAAAAACACUGAGCCAAGGGUUCAACACGGUGUCCUGGAUUGAACAGUAUUACCAGUUCCUUCGAGUGGGUAACAUCAGUGCAACUAACAAAAGUGACUUUAUCAGUAUCCUCCAGAGCUCCUUUUUAAAAAAGCCAGAAUUCCAGCACUUCAAAAAUGACAUCAUAUUCUCUAAAGCUGGAGAUGAGAAUAAUAUAAUAGCUUCUCGUUUGUACCUGGUGGCCAGGACUAGUGAAAACACACAGAGGGAGGCGGUAGAAUUACUGGAGAAACUGAGACCACUCUCUCUUAUACAGAGCAUCAAGUUCAUAGUGUUCAACCCUACCUUUGUGUUCAUGGACCACUAUGGUUUAUCAGUAACUAUGCCUGUCCUGAUUUCUGGUUUUGGCAUCCUGCUGGUGUUAAUACUGACCUUUUUCCUGGUUAUCCAUCCUCUGGGAAAUUUCUGGUUAAUUCUCAGCGUCACCUCAAUAGAGCUGGGCGUCCUUGGCUUGAUGACCUUAUGGAAUGUAGACAUGGAUUGCAUUUCUAUCCUGUGCCUUAUCUACACCUUGAAUUUUGCCAUAGAUCACUGUGCACCCCUGCUUUAUACAUUUGUACUAGCUACUGAGCACACCCGAACUCAAUGUAUAAAGAACUCCCUCCAAGAGCAUGGGACAGCCAUUUUGCAGAACGUUUCUUCUUUUCUUAUUGGGUUGGUCCCCCUUCUCUUUGUGCCUUCGAACUUGACCUUCACACUGUUCAAAUGCUUGCUGCUUGCCGGCAGUUGCACACUUCUGCACUGUUUUGUUAUUUUGCCCGUCUUUCUAACCUUUUUCCCACCUUCCAAAAAGCACCACAAAAAAAAGAAACGAGCCAAAAGGAAGGAACGAGAAGAGAUCGAAUGCAUAGAGAUUCAGGAGAAUCCUGAUCACGUGACAGCAGUCUGAAAGGCUCAGAAAAAAUAAGAAUAUUUUCUCUUUUUAAAAAAGUGUUGCACAGAGAUGCAGGGAAAAUAGAGCAAAGAUCUCAGCUGCUUGUGCUGGCCAGGUCUGACAAGGCAAAGGAAGAUCAAGAAGGGGCAUUCAUGACACAUCAAGGUGCAAACUUUUUUUAACAAAAAUAAUGAAAGUGAAAACAACCACAGAUAUUUCCUUUGAAUUCUCAUUCUCCACCAGGGAAGAGUUUAUUGGCCAUUAAAUGUUUCUGAAUAUCAAACUGUAGCUCUAACGGGAAUUACUUGAUCUGUCAUAUUUAAGACUGAAGCAAAGGUGGAAAAAAAAGUUGCCAUUAAGUAAACAGUAGGGGAAAAAGAGAAUACUUUGAUAAAA